AUGGCUCAUUCACUCCUUAUGAGGUUCUUGCGGCCAAAUGUGGUAUUACGUCCAGGACAAAGAUUCAUCCAGACUUCCAGUGUUCGCUGCAAUGAAAAUGUUACCCCGCCAAUCUCAACUACCAAGCAAGAAGAAUUCUUAAGAGAAUAUAGAAUCCGAUCCACAUUAGAAAGACUUAUUCAUCACUAUUCAUCGAAACCAUUACCUCAGUUCUCCUUAGAUCAUCUCUAUAAACAGUCAACAUCUCUUGAUAAGGAGUUUUUAUUGCAAAAUGCCCAAGAUACAGUGACUAAUCUUUUAAUCUUUAAUGCUCGGAGAUUACAACUGUUCCGUACAUUGCCAUAUUUAGUGGUGCUAAACCCUUCAAUAUCUGAAGCGUACAAUAUGUACUUACAGUCUAUGUCACUAUUGAUCGGUGCCUCUUAUAAUCUUCCUACAACCUUGGAAGAAAACGAACGGUUCUGUCAAGAUGUGGUUACACAAUUCAUAGAAAUACACGCUGAUACCCUUCCUGGUCUUUCCAAGGGUUUCAGUGAAGUCUUACCUUUACUUAGUACUAUUGGAAUUGAAAAAUUCUUAGGUGCACAUCUCACUGAAAGAAUUCGAAUGAGAUUGGUUGCCCAUCAACAUAAUCUGCUUACUGCUUCACUUUCCAAUGAAACUGAAUAUGUACCUGGGGGUAGAUAUAAUGGAGUAAUCAAGCAAUUGAAUAUAGAAGGGUUAAUCAAGAGGAAUGCUGACAUGGUGAAUGAUAUUACAUUGAUGAAAUAUGACCAAUCUGUAAAUGUCUCAAUUGAUACAAACUUCCAUCCAACAUCAUUCUGGAGUAAGCAAAAUGAUACUUCAUCCAAAAAGUCUACAAAAAUACCUCUGCUGGAAGUUGUGUUCCCUUACAUUGACUACCAUUUGGAAUACAUCUUGAGAGAAUUAUUCAAAAAUUCAUUUCGAGCUCACAUAGAAAAUAACGUCACUGACCCUGUGCAAGUAACCAUAUCAGUUUCAGAAUCUCCAUCGUAUAUGGAACUUCGUAUAAGAGAUAAAGGUAAAGGUAUUCCAAAGUCUGCCAUCAAUCAUAUGUUUGAUUAUUCAUUUUCAACUUACGAAUCGGGAGAAGGUGAAGCCUACAAGACUUUGAAUGUUCCACCUGGAUUGGGUGGGAACACUGUUGCUGGGAUGGGGUAUGGAUUACCACUUCUGAAGAACUAUAUUGAAGUAUUUAACGAAACUCAAGGGGGCGGAAGAUGUAAGGGUCUGCUCAGUAUUCAAACCUAUCCAGAUUGGGGCACCGAUGUCUAUCUCAAGGCAGUAGGUGUAUAGAACUCGUUGUUUCUUUUCUUUUUUUUUCCACUUUUUUUUUUCUUUUUUGUAUCUAUUUUUUUUAUGUCAACUGGUUGUCUACAUAGAAGGUAUAGU